AUGAUAUCAUCACUUAAUUCGUCAGUUAUAUUUCCGAAUCAGAACAUUGGAAGAGAUAAUUAUUUCUGGAUGAUAUUAAUUCAAAAUCAUCUUAGAUCAAAAUUAUAUCAACGUUAUGUUAAUGCAAUAUUUCAAAAUUAUUUAGAAUUUCAGUUGUGUGUUAUUUGGUUAUUAAAUGUAUUAAAUAGCAAAGAUAAUAAUCAUGGUUAUAUAUCUUAUAGAAGUAUAAUUGAACAAAAACAAUAUCCACAAAUAAAUAUUUUCAUAAAGAAAUUAUUUUAUUAUUAUUAUUUAAUUGGAUCAAAACGUUUAUUAAGUAUCGAUUUAUUUCCAAUAUAUUUACAUUGUACACGAAAUCAUGAAUAUUGUCCUAUUCAACAAUAUUUUAACUAUGAAACUGAUUCAAAUAGUUUAAUAGGCAAAUGUGUUCGAUUAUAUUCCAUUUCAUCGAUAUAUAUUCUUUGUAUAAAAGGAAUAUUACAAUCGAUAAUAUCUGGAAUUUAUGAAAUUUUAUAUCGUAUUAAAUUGGAUAAGAAUGAUAAAUAUUUAUCAUAUGACAAUAAACGUUCUGAUUAUGGUUCUGAUUGUGAAUGUCAUGGAAAAAUAAUGAACUAUAAUUGGUUUAAUCAAGCAAUGGGCACAAUAAAAGUAUUCAAUUUAUCCAAUAUUUAUUUUGGAUUUCGAACUAAAUAUGAUUAUAGUUAUCAUAAUAUUUUAUUUGAUUAUAUACAAUUAAAUAUUGUUGAAUAA